UGAGUGUUGCUUCAGUGUUUCUUCUUCAGAACAGAAAAAAAGCAGCAACAUUUCUCCAACACAGUAAGUGUGUGUCUGCAGCUGCAGCAAUGGCACUCGGGUGGACCGCUCUGUUCUUUGGCUUGGGACUGGCAGCAGCAAAGCUAACAGGUGAUAUAGAAACGGAUGUUGAUGAGGGCCAUGACUGGGACAUCUUCAACAUCAAUGAUGCGGCUGGGCUGGACCUGCUGGAUGGAGAUAUCGAACAGGACGAAAAAUCCACCAGAAACUCCAUCUUAGGAGACCAGUAUCGCUGGCCCACCACCAUUCCCUACUACCUGGAGGACAGUCUGGAAAUGAAUGCAAAGGGAGUGAUCCUGAAGGCGUUCGACCAGUACAGACUGAAGACGUGCAUUGACUUCACACCGUGGAGUGGAGAGGAGAACUACAUCUCGGUGUACAAAGGGAGCGGAUGCUUCUCCUCUGUGGGCAACCAGCAUGUGGGCAAGCAGCGGCUGUCCAUCGGUAGCAACUGUGACCGUCUGGGAACCGUUGAGCACGAGUUCCUGCACGCUCUGGGAUUCUGGCAUGAGCAGUCCAGAGCCGACCGGGACGACUACGUCAACAUCGUGUGGGAUCACAUUCAACCCGAUAAAAAGCACAACUUCAAAACGUACGACGACACGCUGUCCAGCGCUCUCGGCGUCCCCUACGACUACGGCUCGGUGAUGCACUACAGCAAGACGUCCUUCAACGUCGGCUCCGAGCCCAGCAUCGUCCCCAGGAUCCCCCACUUCAUGGACGUGAUCGGCCAGAGGAUGGGCUUCAGCGCCAGUGACCUCACCAAGGUCAACAGGCUCUACCGAUGCACCAAGUCUUCUACCUUUGUGGACAGCUGUGACUUUGAGCUGGAGAACAUCUGCGGGAUGAUUCAGGGUCCCGGCGAGGCAAAGUGGGAAAAACGCAGUUCUGUCAGCGGAGGGCCUCCGACCGACUUCUCCAACAUGGGACAAUGUGAAGGAAAAGGCUUCUUCAUGCACUUCAGCACCGCCUCUGCUGCGCCUGGCGGCCGUGCGCUCCUGGAGAGUCGUUGGCUUUACCCCAAACCCGGAGCCCAGUGUCUGCAGUUCUUCCUCCACAACAGCGGUGCAGCCGACGACGUCCUCAACGUCUGGGUGAGAGAGGAUGACCUGGUCAACCCCAAACUCAAGCUCUUCAAGAGUAUUUCAGGAGGCGUCAUGGGCUCCUGGGAACUGCAUAACAUCAACCUGAAUGUGACCCGGAAGGCCCGUGUGGUUUUUGAGGGCGUGAGGGGAACGGGCCCGUCGACAGGAGGCUUCUCUCUGGAUGACAUCAACCUGUCGUCCUCAAAGUGCCCUCAGCACAUCUGGCACAUCCGCAACAUCACCCGCCUGCUGGCCACCACACCAAAUGGAGAGAAGGUGUACAGCCCUCGCUUUCUGUCCCCAGCAGGUUACUCCUUCCAGGUGGGUGUGUACAUUAACGGAAGAAGCGGCCGUCCAGGAUACCUGGCCACCUACUUCUAUCUGACCUCAGGCCCCAACGACCACGGCCUCAAGUGGCCGUGUCCGUGGCAGCAGGUGACCAUGGCCCUGAUGGACCAGCAGUCUGACAUCAGGCAGCAGAUAAACAUGCACCGAAUGGUCACCACCGACCCCCACAAGAUGCUCACUGAUGGCACUGAGUACUACUGGGACGAUCCCAGGAAGGUGGGCUACAAAGUGACUGCAUCCGACGGCAGUUUUUACUACCGGGGCCCGGGCACCGGAACAAGCAGCUUCCUCACCCACAGCAGACUGAAGAGCAGGAACUUCAUCAAAGGAGACGACGCCUUCUUCCUCUUCAGUCUGGAAGAUAUAUCUCAUCUGCUGGAAUCUUGGCCUCUCGUCCGCACCGCAGUCCAAGCCGAGGACAGUCUGGUGAAGGCCGCAGACCAAGGCGCUCCACGGGGCGCUGCCGGAAACCCCGCGGCGGUCACGGCCGUGGUGGGGUGCGUUGCUGCGAUGGCCGUGCUGGUGGUUUCCAUGGUGAUGGCACGGAACGCCUGGGAGAAGAGGAGGCGGCGGGAGAGCGACGAGGUGGUGAUCAUACAGGACAUGCCUUGGUUCAUAGAAGAGCCGCCGACAAAAGACUUAGCAUCCGUUUUCACAACUCCAUGAUGUUCCGAUCAGAAGGAAGAAACCAGCACUUCAGCAGAAGACCUCCCCGUGAACACAUGUUGGAGCAUUAUUGAAUGAUGAUUAUGUCUCCAGGGUCUCUGCAGUACAAUUGAUUUUCUGUUUAGUACACAGAAUUUGUUUUGGGUGGGGGUCCUUCAUAGAAUACAUAUUUUAUUCAAAUGGGGCAAUUCAACAUUUUUGGAAAUAAAAAAAAAUAAAAACAGAUUUUAAAUGAAUGGCAAAAGUGCAGCUCAGAAUAAAACCUUUGACAUG